CAAAUUUUUUCAAAACGAAAAUACUUUCAACCACAAUCUGCCUUCCGCUUCGAAUUCCGCGGCAAAGUGUUUAUACAACCGCGAACGAAUCGACGGUUCCGUGCGGUAAUGAAUGAACGAAUAAAGAAGUAAAUGAUCAAAGAUAAGCUCGAUGAAUUUUCAUGACAAACAUUACGCUGUAGUGUUAGUAUAAUCAAACAGGGUUACGCUAUGCGGUAUAUAAAACGUCGGUGAGACUUUUCAGUGACGAAAUAUCACCAUCGUUUAAAUUAAUUACAUGGACAUUUGCAACAAUUCACGGAUAAUAGACAAUAUUAACAUUAGUAGGUAUACAGGUAACGAGUAUAUACAUACAGGUAUAUUGAUGUGUACGAGUACACGCGUCUGACGAUAAACAUUAAACAUACUAUUAUAUAUGCAGUAUACACGUAUGAACAUAGCUAUACCACAACAACUGUAAGUGUAAAAAAGUAUUCCACGAUCUGUGACUAAAAAUUGGCACAAAUGCCAAUUGCAUCAAGUGCUCAACUGUGAUAUUUCAAGUGAUAUAAAUAAUAGUGAAUGUUUUUUACCUCGCAGGCCUCGUCUCUUUAACGAUACUAAAUGUCCACAAGUUGGUUGAACGUUGUCCUGGCUUUAGUGCUGGCUGUGGCAUUGGCUUUACCGCAUUUCUCUAGCGCUCAGUCGGACAUCUUUCAAUUUCGUGCGGAAAAACGAAAUACACUUGGGGCAAAGAAGUACUGCGGUAGAAAUCUGGCCGACGCUCUUCAAGUCAUAUGCGACGGAGUUUACUUUCAGAUGUUUAAGAAAGAAAUGGAGAUGGACGACUACAACUACGGGUACGACGACACCUACCCGUUCAGAACGAGGGCCAGUGCUAAUGCCAUGAUGGGACGUUUUGCCGGUGGACGAUUCAAACGACAACCUCGCGGUGUCCACGACGAGUGCUGCGCAAAGCCGUGUACCGUCGGCGAGCUGUCGAGCUACUGCGGCCGUUAGAAGUUUAACAACAUGCCGAAGUAUACUUUCCAGUCAGAGACACAUACCCACACUCUACACAAUCGCAUACAUAUUAUACAUUAUAUUGCUACACACAUGCACGCACAUACCACACACAGCGAAACGCGGCCACCCCUGUUGAGAUAAUUGUAUUAAGGAAAUAACAAUAAUAUUAUUACUAAUUAUGAUAGUGAUAAUGAUGAUAAUAAAGUCUCUAUCGCUUUUACAUACUCACUGUACUUGGAACGCGAUGUGUAUACUUUAUAACCACGCCUCUUGUUAUAUACCCUCAUCGCGACUCGUCGAUGAAAUUGAAAUCGAAGUUAUCGAUUAAAAAAAAAAAAAUACAUAUAUAUAUAUAU